CAAUGCGCAGUACGCCUGCAGCAAACGCCUUGGCAACGUCCGCAAUCAACAUAAAGAUGUAUGGCUGUCAUUCCGGCCGUGGUCUUGAUCUCUACCCUCUGCGAUGGCGUUUCGGUGAUGAAGAUUGAAAGCUGGAGUCAUUCAGACAUGAAUUCCCAUCGGCCCACACUUGGCAAAAAUCAAGUGUACUGUUACGAUCCUGUGUCCCACACGGCAGCCGGCAAAGUAAUAAGUAACCACCAACCAGACAAGACGGUACUCGGUAACGGACCAACGGUCACGUGGCUGCUCCUCAACGAGCAUGACACACGUGCGUGCUCGUCCACAAGCAACACCCCUGUUCUAUUGGAUCAGUCUGGACUGCUCAUCCACGAGCAGUACCCUCUCAUGCAGUAUAUAGCAAGUAGGAACACUGCCCUUAUGGCAUUGUGUCUAGCCUUGUCAAUCAACUUUGUUAUUGGAAUCUCAUCAACCUUCGAGCUAGUGUUAUGGGUAUAUACUGUUCAGCGCCCAGUACCUGCUAUCUACAGCAGUACUGUACUUUUUUGGUCAAUGUAGCGCAGCGGGGCUGGGCUGUGUGCCUCACAACAUACUUGCAAAUCCAAGGCAAUUCAAGUCAGCAACACCCAAAUCAAGCAAAAAUCAAAGUAUAUACAUGCCUAUUGUCAUG